UCAAGUAGUGCAGCGGCUGCUCUCGCAUACAUGUACGGUUGUAAUCAGAAGAAAUAAUAAAAAAACAAAAAAAUGUCAACUAUACUAGCUAUUCAAACUGGAGGCACAAUAGACAAGGACUACCCUAGGACUUUAGGGGGAUAUGCAUUUGAGAUAUGUGAGCCAGCAGUGGAAAGAAUGUUCAACAAAAUACAGACAAACUUCCAAAUUACAUAUCAAACUGUCUGUCGCAAAGAUAGCCAAGACAUAACAGAUGAGGACAGGAGCAACAUAUUUCUUGCCUGCAGAGAAGCACCACAAAGCAAGAUCCUUAUCACCCAUGGCACUGAUACCAUGAUAGAGACUGCAGAAUAUUUGGCUAGGAAGGAAGACUUAAGCCAUAAAGUCAUCGUCAUCACAGGUUCUUUCAAGCCAGAUACUUUCAAAGACUCAGACGCAGAGUUCAAUGUUGGAGUUGCCAUAGGUGCUCUACAGUGUUUAAAUGGACAAGGGGUAUACAUUGCAAUGAAUGGCUGUGUUUACUCAUGGAAGGCAGUGCAGAGAGAUGCUGUCACAGGAAAGUUUGUAUCCAAGGGAGAAAAAAUGAAAUGAAGCUACAAACACAAAUCAACCAAAAACAACCAUCAAUGGAUCAUUUUUAUUUAUUAUGAAGUGUUUAAUCUUUAGUUGAAUUAACUUUGUGUUAAGAAUUCAGGACUAUAUUUUUGCCCACCACAUUCCUUGCAGAAAGGCUUUAAUGACUAAAAUGAGAAAGGAUUGGUGACAUUGUCUUCCAUUAAAACAUCUCGGUGUUCAUUUAACAGUAUUUGUUUCAGACCCGAUUUUGAUAGCUCCAUGGAAGUCUGAAGGUUGCACGCCAUUGGGCCUCAAAAAUUUUCUGUUGUUCUUUGCGCUGACUCUACAUCAGCAUUACUUAUAUGGUUUCUUUCGCACAAGAGAAAGCUACAUAUUAUACAAGUACACGUGGAUCUGUUUACUGUAUUUCAUAGGUUUUAUCAUAUUUCAUAUAAAAGUACUUACCUUAUUUCAUUUUUGAAACUUGUCUUUCAAGUGUGCUCUGUAAAUAUUAUUUGUUUUUUAUAUUCCUCAGCAGAUUA